AUGCCGCGUGCCAGAAGAUCUAAUCUUUCACGACUAAGCCGAAAUACAAUUAGAUGUCGAAAUACUAAAAAUCAAUCUACUGCACGUCAACAAGAGGUAGCACGAGAAGAACAAAGAGAGGCAAGACGUCAAACAGAAGGGGUGGCACUGAGAAACCGCCGAGCUCAACAAACAGAUCUUCGACGCCCAAGUAGAAAUGCUCCAAGUGUUGAUUUGGAUCGAGCAGCCAUUCAAUAUUGUUGUUCAAUUGACUACAGCACACAUCCUUUAGUUCAAAUUGGCCCAAUGGAGGCUGUAUGCGGCCACUGCGGUGCAUUGAAGUUCGCUGGAGAAUCGCCUGGAUUGUGCUGUCUCGGUGGAAAGGUGAAAUUGUCAUUAUUGCCUCCAGCACCUGAUCUAUUGAAUUCAUUGCUUCGUGGUGAAACACCAGAAUCACGCCAUUUUUUAUCGAACAUUCAAAGAUACAACACAUGUUUCCAAAUGACUUCAUUUGGAGCAGACAUUAUCGUAGAACGCGGAUUCAAUCCAACAUUCAAGAUUCAAGGCCAAAUUCACCAUCGAAUUGGAUCAUUGCAACCGCUUGAAGACGCAGGCCAUAAAUUCCUCCAAAUUUACUUUAUGAAAAAUAUGGAGGAACAACUUGAUCGGCGUCAAACGAUCAAUAAAACAAUGAAUCGAGAAAUUCUUCAAGAUCUGCAGCAACUACUUCAUGAACAUCAUGCAUUGGUUCGAUUGUUCCAAACUGCAUUGGAUCGCAUGCCAAGUGAUGACUAUAAAGUCGUGAUCAGAGCGGAUAAACGACCAGCUGGUUCUCACGAACGCCAAUUCAACGCUCCAACAAUAGAUGAAGUCGCAAUUGUCAUUGUUGGUGAAAACGUGAAAACACGCGAUAUUGUGCUUACAUGUCGCGACACUGGACAACUGCAACGAAUAUGCGAAACUCACCGUUCAUACGAUGCAUUGCAGUAUCCGCUGAUGUUUUGGCAAGGAGACGAUGGAUAUCACUUCAAUAUCAAAAUGGUGAACGGUGAGGAAACUAUCAAGAAGGUUAGCUCGAUGAACUAUUACGCAUAUCGUUUGAUGAUUCGUCAUAAUACUGACAAUUAUCUACUGCGAUUUCGGAGAUUAUUUCAGCAAUAUUGCGUCGACAUGUACGUCAAAAUCGAAACAGAGCGCCUCAAUUUCAUUCGGUUGAACCAAGCCAAACUGCGUUCGGAGGAGUAUAUUCAUUUACGCGAUGCAAUCAGCACUGAAGGAGAUGUAAAUAAUGUUGGUCGAUUAACAAUUCUACCAGCGACGUACAUUGGCAGUCCACGUCUUAUGCAUGAAUAUGCGCAAGAUGCAAUGACAUAUGUUCGUCAUUACGGUCGUCCAGAUCUAUUCAUCACUUUUACGUGCAAUCCGAAAUGGAUAGAAAUUGUUCAACUGCUGCUUCCCGGGCAAACCUCAAGUGAUCGGCACGACAUCACGGCACGUGUCUUCAAACAAAAAAUCCUGUCGCUGAUGAACUGCAUUGUUAAGUAUCGCGUUUUUGGGGCUACUCGAUGCUGGAUGUAUUCGAUUGAAUGGCAGAAACGUGGUUUGCCGCAUGCUCACAUUCUUAUUUGGUUAAUCGAAAAGAUUCGACCAGACCAAAUAGAUGACAUCAUAUGUGCCGAGAUCCCAGAUCCUGAAACCGAUCCAGACCUUCAUGAUGUUGUGACUACGAACAUGAUUCAUGGAACGUGUGGCGCUAUCAACCCCCAAUCACCGUGCAUGGUCGACGGCAAGUGUUCCAAGCGUUAUCCACGAAAUUUGACGGUAGAGACUAUCACUGGCAAUGAUGGUUAUCCACUGUAUCGGCGUCGAUCACCCAAUGAUAACGGUAGAAAUAUCAUAACGAGAGUGAAAGGAAAUGAUUUCGUUGUCGACAAUGCUUGGAUUGUUCCGUAUUCGCCACUUCUUUCCAAAACAUUCAAGACGCAUUGCAACGUGGAGUAUUGUAAAUCAGUGAAGUCUAUCAAAUACAUAUGCAAAUAUGUCACGAAAGGUAGCGAUAUGGCGGUUUUUGGCGUUAAAACUCCAAAUGCCAACAAUGAAAUCACUAACUAUCAAAUUGGUCGAUAUGUGAGCUGCAAUGAAGCGAUUUGGCGUAUUUUCUCAUGCUCCAUUCAUGAGCGUCAUCCCGCUGUUGUACAUCUGGAGAAUGGUCAACGAGUUUAUUUCAACGCAUCAAAUGUUGCUCAACGUGCUGAAACACCUCCAGCAACAACAUUGACAAGUUUUUUCUCGAUUUGCCAAAGCGAUCUCUUUGCCCAAACGUUACUCUACUCUGACAUGCCAAAAUAUUACACUUGGAAUGUUUCAUCUAAGAGAUUUCAACGUCGGAAGCAAGGCGAUGCAGUUCCUGAUCACCCGGAUGUGCGUUCUACUGAUGUUCUUGGUCGAAUUUACACAGUUCAUCCGAAAAAUGACGAAUGCUUCUACUUGCGGCUGUUGUUGAAGGAAGUAUACGACGGUUUAAUGAAGGCAAUUGAUGAUGGAAAUGGUGGCUUAUUUUUCCUCGAUGCGCCUGGUGGAACUGGCAAAACAUUCCUCAUGUCAUUGAUUUUGGCCACUGUUCGUGCAAGAUCCGAAAUUGCUGUAGCAGUUGCUUCUUCUGGGAUAGCGGCCACGUUGCUAGAAGGAUGCCGAACGGCUCAUUCAACGUUGAAAUUGCCAUUAAACCUUCAAGUGACCGAAGAGCCGACAUGCAACAUUGCGAAACAGUCAGCAAUGGCCAAAGUUCUGAUAGCAAGUAAAAUCAUCAUAUGGGAUGAAUGCACAAUGGCACACAAACGCGCAUUGGAAGUACUCAAUCGAACUAUGAAAGAUCUGCGCAACGACACGAGAUGUUUUGGAGGCGCCAUGAUUCUACUGUCGGGUGAUUUCCGCCAGACAUUACCAGUCAUUCCAAGAUCGACAGUUGCCGAUGAAAUAAACGCUUGCCUCAAAUCAUCGACUCUGUGGCGCUUUGUGAAGAAACUAUCCAACUGA